GUUGUUAGCUGAGAUACAAGAGAUAUCAUUACAUAUAUGUAUACUCCGCUGAUUCUUCAAGUUUCAGUUUAUAUCUAGAAACGGAAAAUGGCGAUCACAUUCGUCUCUUCUCGCGCCAAGACCACAAAAGAUAUACUCCAAUCGUUACUCAAGAAAGCCCAUUCCUUUAGACCCUUUUCAUCUUUCUGUGACAAGGACCCACCAUCCCCGGACCUUGUGAACGAGCUUUCUCGAAUUCUCAGCGACUACAGAAGCCCCCACCACGAUAUUCAAUCAGUCCUUCAUCCAUUUUCCUCCAAAAUGUCAACCAACUUAGUCGAACAAGUCCUUAAACGGUGUAAAAAUCUGAGCUUUUCAGCUCACAGGUUCUUCCUCUGGGCAAGGGAAUUACCGGGUUUUCAGCAUAGUAAAGAUAGCCAUCAUAUUUUAGUUGAUAUUUUAGGCAGUAGUAAACAGUUUCCAUUAACAUGGGAUUUUCUUGUCGAGAUGAGGGAUACUCGAAAAUUUGAGAUCAGCUCAGAAAUUUUCUGGAUUGUCUUCAGGGCUUAUAGUAGAGCUAAUUUGCCAGCUGAAGCUAUCAGGGCUUUUAAUAAAAUGCUUGAUUUUGGGAUUACCCCGACUGUUAAUGACCUUGAUCAGCUUAUUUAUCUGCUUUGCAAAAAAAAGCAUGUUAGACAUGCCCAGGAAUUUUUUGAUAAGGUUAAGGACGAUUUCACUCCAACUGCAAAAAGUUACAGUAUUUUAAUCAGAGGGUGGGGUGAGAUUGGGGAGUUGGGCAAUGCCAGCAAAUUGUUUGAUGAAUUGCUUGGUAGAGGAUCUGAAAUUGAUUUACUUGCUUAUAAUAGUAUUUUGGAGUCUUUGUGUAAGGGAGGGAAAGUGGAUGAGGCAUAUAAGUUGUUCAGUGAGCUGAGGUCGAAGGGAUUUGUGCCUGAUGCUUUUAGUUAUUCAAUCUUCAUUCAUGCUUUUGUUGAAGUAAAUGAUAUGCAUUCAGCUUUUAGAGUUCUGGAUAGGAUGAAAAGGUACAAUCUUGUGCCAAAUGUGUAUACUUAUAAUUGUAUUAUUAAGAAGCUUUGUAAGAAUAAUAAUGUGGAGGAAGCAUACCUACUUCUGGACGAAAUGGUAGAGAGGGGAGUGAUGCCAGACGUCUGGAGUUACAAUGCUAUUCUAGCUUUUCAUUGUGAUCACAAUGAAGUGAAUAGAGCACUUAAGCUGAUUUCAAGAAUGGAUGAUUAUGGGUGCCAGCUGGAUAGGCAUACCUACAAUAUGGUGCUAAAAAUGCUUAUCAGAGUGGGAAGACUGGAUAGAGUUCAAAAGGUUUGGGAGAGUAUGGAUCAGAGAGGAUUUUAUCCUCCAGUCUCAACUUAUGCUGUAAUGGUCCAUGGUCUAUGCAAGAAGAAACACAAUCUUCAGGAGGCAUGUAAAUAUUUUGAAAUGAUGGUUGAUGAAGGAUUACCACCUUAUACUGAAACCUGUAACUUGUUGAGAAACAAACUUAUUGGGUUAGGAAUUGCAGAGCAGACUGAGAUACUUGCAGAUAAGAUGGAGAAAAGUACUUCCUGUUCAAUACAGGAGCUAUCAAGUAUAAUGCGGGGUACGAAGGUACCACGCAAGGUUGAUGAUAAAAUGAGAUGUCGAGGUGAAUAUUCAGAUGAAAGUGAUGACUGGAGGAGAACAGAUGUUUCUAAUUAGGCAUAUUGGACUGUUUCAUGAACAUCCUUUAGGACUAUGAAUGUGGUGGUGGCAAGAUAGAUGCCUUGAAUGCUAAGGCAGAAUACCUCAGUGGUGAUGGAUCUGAAUUUCAGAAGAUCCUUUGCCCGAAUCACUGUUAAGGUUGGGUGGACCAUGGAAGCUUUUAGCUCAGAUUUCCUUUCUGUGUUGACGGGGAGAAAGAAUUUAAUGCGCCUAUACAUCAGCGUGUUGCCCAUCCCUUUUCCAAGCAGCUCAUCCAGUUAAAGAAAAGCUUCAAAGCUGCAAACUCCUGGUAGUUGGAGGAAAAGAUUUCAUUAUCAACCUCAUGGUCCUGAUGUUCUGUGUAUUAGGAGGAAAGAAGUCUGCUCUCUUAAAGUGAGAAAAGUAACAAAUGAAAACUGGAGUGUUAUGGUAAAUGCAGUCUUUUCAAAUUCAUUUACUUGCUUUUUCAGAAAACUUGUUAUAUGUUUGUACUGUUAUUAACCCUUUGUGACACUAGAGUCUGGUGUUUUUUCCUAGUCUUGAUUCUGUUCUUGCUUUUGUGAUGCUUCUCAUUGCAACCGCCAAGCUGUUGAUGGGGUUGGUGGCCUUUUUUCGGCUCCUUGAAAUGGAAACGAUAUUGUUGACGCACUUUGCAUUCCAGUUAAAGGAUUGUCAGAGGAGGUUACAUACUUCCCUAUAAUUACCACCUCUAUAAUUAAUUGUUUGUGUGCUUUGAAUGAAUUCCAUCCUGU